AUGCGACUCAGUCAGAGGCCGGCGCCCUCUGCUGGCUGCACGGAGGAACUGCAGCACAAAUGCAUAACCUUCUGGAUACAUCAACAUGUGGAAAAAGUCCAAGGCGAGCGAUCAGACAGCCAUCGGGCAGACGGCCAAUGGGAGAGCUCCGUGUUGAACACUUUCUUCUGUGGGAAAACAACCUUGAAGAGCAACCGCAAGCCUUCUUUCAUCUCGACUCCUGCCCCGUUUCUUCAUGACGUGUGCAAAUGUUCCUCACUAGGCAUCAGGAAGAAGUCCAAAGUGCCAGGUGUCAUGAUCACACAGUUUCUGGAGGAACUUCCAGAGGGAUCAACAACACCCGACUUUUCCCGCAAGCCCAUCGCCAUCACUAUUCAAGAAGGAAAAUGUGCCAUCUUUCGAGCCAUUGUGGUGGGCAAUCCAAUGCCCACUGUAACUUGGACCAGGGCAAACGGGGAAAUGGUUUUCAACCCGGCAACCUGCAAGCAAAAUUACAACGAAUCGUCACAUGAGCACACCCUGGAGUUUCCCAAGGUGGCCCCUGAGGAUGCCGACACCUACAAGUGCUUUGCAACAAACGACUACGGCCGCGCGAUCUGCACCGUCCUGCUCAACGUCAUCGAAGUUGGAUUCUCCAAGACCAAGGAACUGCAGAAGACAUACGGGGACGUCCCAGACUUUUUAAAGAAGAAACUUAGAAAACGUCCUACUGAGGAGGCACAGGAGAACAAGACAAUGACCCCAGAGGAGAAAGUCUGGGAGAUCCUCCUCAAGGCAGACAAGAAGGACUACGAGCGCAUAUGUGUGGAAUAUGGCAUCACCAACUUCCGCGGCAUGCUGAAGAAACUGAAAGCCAUGAAGAAGGAGGAUAAUGUCGAGGUGGCACAAUUCUUCACACCCAGCAAUGAUCUGAAGCACCUUGACUCAGACGACUUAUCCUUGGACUUGGAGCUGGAACUCAGGGAGAGUAAAGUGUUCCUCUACAAGGACGGAUCCAUGGUCUCCUUUGCAAAAGACGAUUGUGAUGAACUGACACACUCGCUGAAGCAAGUGGCCAAGAAGAAAAUGUUCUCAAUGUCGAGUCAAGACGCUGACGUGGAGGGCAUCGGCUUGUUCGCGACAGACUUUAAAGCACCUGAAGUGGACUUUGUAGUUAAAAUCCAGGAGAUCAAGGCAGAAGAGCGCCAGGAUGCCCUCUUUACUUGUGUUCUAAGCGCACCUCUGCAAGAGAUCAGGUGGUUUGGUAAAAACGCUCCGUUGACAAACGGUGAAAAGUUUGAUAUCAGCGUUUCCGAAGACAAGCUCAUCCACAAGUUGAUCGUGCGCGACUGCUUGCCUCUGGACGCCGGGAUCUACGCCGCCGUGGCCGGGAUCAAGUCAUGCAACGCCUGGCUGGUGGUUGAAGACCUGCUGAGAAUAGCCAGAGAGCAGCAGGAGAGGUAUGAGAAGGAACUGGAGGAGAAGCUGGAGACGGCCAAGAAGAACCAAGCGGAGCGGGACGCAGCGGAGGAAGCUGCCCGGCUGGAGGCACAGGCGGCCAGAGACGCCAAGGCUGAACAGAAAAAGGCCGAAUCCAAGAGGAGGAAGUCCAGUGCGGGUGCAAGGAAGGCUUCUGUUGCGGCAGCUGUGGAAGAUCUGAAAGAAGACAACCAAGAAGUUGGGGAAAGUUCCUUAUUUAUGGAAUGUGUCGAGGUAGAGGUGAAGGAAACUGAGACAGUUGAAGGACGAGGUCAUGCUGAGGAACCCGCAGAGCGCACAGACUAUGGAAAUAAAGACAAACAUCUCAAAGUGAAAGUGAAAGAAGCUGCUGUUGGACGUGAUGUCAGGGAGGAAAGGUGUGGAAAGUCUGGGCCGACUAAAAACGCUCCAAGUGAGAAAAUUGUGUCCAGCAAAGAUAAAGAAGAUGAGGAAGAAAUGUCUGACGGCCAUGAUGAUGAUGAUGAUGGUGAUGAUGAUGGUGAUGACGGUGCACCAUCAGGGGGUGAGGCCGUGUCGGAAAGUGACGAGGACGUGGAGGAGGAGCCAGCGGUGGAGAGGCGUGUCAGAGUCAGGCAGGGGCCUUUGAUCCAGGAGACCCUUAUUGACCCAGGUGUCCACUUCCUCAUCGGGCUCUCCGACUGCAAGGCCAUCAUCGGGGAAGAGGCCGAGCUGACGUGCAAACUCAGCAGCGAGGACUGUGAGGGCGUCUGGUACAAAGACGGCGAAGAGAUGGCGUGUUCAGAGAGUGUGACUUUCACCAAAGACGGAAGUUUCCAUAAGCUGACGAUCCACAAAGUCACGGAUGAUGACGCCGGGAAGUACAAGUUUGAAGCAGAUGGACGCAAAACUGAGGCCUUGAUUGUCGUGGAAGAUGCACCAAGAUUUGACCCAGAGGAGCUAAAAACCUUUAUCGAGUCGGUAAGAGUGAAGAAGGGGCACAAAGCCAUCUUCAAAUUACCCUUCCUGGGCCGGGAGCCUAUCAAAGUUCAAUGGUACCUGGAGGGGGAAGAGCUUUCAGAUGAAGCCAACAUCAAGAUCGAGACCUCGGAUGGUUGCACCCGCCUGCUGCUCAUCAAGCUGCAGCGCAAAGACAGCGGCGAAGUCAAGCUAAAGCUAAAAAAUGAGUUUGGCACCGUUGAGGCCUUCAGUGAACUAACGGUUCUGGAUAAACCCACUCCUCCGAUGGGACCUCUGGAGAUCGUUGAAGCCUCCUCCUCCGCCAUCGAGAUCAAGUGGAGACCCCCAAAAGAUAGCGGCGGCUGCAAGAUUGGGAACUACAUCAUGGAACGGCAACAAGUGGGCCGCAACACCUGGAAGAAGGUCGGGCCCAUCGGUCCGGAAGCCAAAUACAGGGACCUCGACAUAGACCACGGCCGCAGGUACUGCUACCGCAUCAGAGUGGAGACCGAAAUGGGCACCAGUGAGCUGAUGGAAACAGAGGAUAUUCAAGCUGGAACAAAAGCAUACCCUGGACCGCCAUCACCACCAAAGGUUGUCAGCGCCUUCAAGGACUGUAUCAACUUGUCCUGGUCGCCUCCUGCCAACACCGGAGGAACUAGUAUCCUCGGAUACAACCUUGAGAAACGCAAGCAGGGCAGCAAUCUGUGGGGUCAGGUCAACCCGCCAGAGGAGAUGAUCAAAGGUAAAGCAUUUGCUGUGAAAGAUGUGGUUGAAGGAAUGGAAUACGAGUUCCGUUUGUCGGCGAUCAACAACUCCGGAGCAGGUGAAUUCAGUACACCUUCGGACUUUGUGUUCGCCAGAGACCCCAAAAAGCCUCCUGGAAAGGUUCUCGAUUUGAAAGUGACAGAUUCUGACUACACAACUUUAUCACUGUCUUGGACCAAGCCCAAGGACAUUGAGGGGGUCCAGGACGACGCCAAGGGAUACUUUGUGGAGAUCCGUCCCGCGGAGAACACAGACUGGAAUCGCUGCAGUUCUACCGUGUUGACCACCAAUUACUACACGGUGAAAGGCAUGAAGUCCAUGGCCAUGUACUGGGUGAGAGUCAUCGCUGUAAACGACGGAGGGGAGGGAGAGCCAAAAGAACUGGACAACUACGUUCUUGCUAUGCCUCCUCCUGUGAGACCACGCUUCACAGAUGCCAAGAUCAAGAGCUUCAUGGUGGUCAGAGCAGGAAACUCAGCCCGAUUUACAAUGAACUUUGAGGCCUCUCCAUGGCCUGAGGUCACUUGGUUAAAGGACGGUGUGCCGGUCACUAAAAGGGUGACAAUAAGUAACGCGGAAGGCAUGUCGCAGCUUCUGAUUCCUUCUGCCGAGCGCUCCGACUCUGGAAUCUACACCGUGAUUGUCAAGAACAUCGUCGGCCAGGAAUCCUUUAGUAUUGAAAUUAGAGUCACGGACGAGCCAAAACCACCAGGUCCAGUGGAGAUUGAAGAAAACGUGUUGGGCACAGUGACCGUUUCAUGGACGGCGUCUCAAGACGAGAAACGAGAUGAUAGGCUGCACUACAUGGUGACUAAGCGGGACUCCAGCAAACGGACUUGGCACACCGUGGCAGAUCACAUCUUCAACAACAAAUUCACAGCCUGCAACAUAAUGCCGGGAAGAGAGUACCAGUUCCGAGUCUAUGCUAAGAAUGACAUGGGCUGCUCCAAACCCUCCGAAUCACCAAAGUGGCUGAUCCCCACCAAAAAAGAGAGGUUCACUGUGAACAUCGCGGAAUCCAAGGCCUGCAACCUGGAAUGUCCCCCAAAGUUCCUGGUCCCGCUGAAAAUGCACUCCGCCCCGCAAGGCUACGAGUGCUACAUGAGCUGCGCUCUGAAGGGCGACCCCACGCCUCACGUCACCUGGCUGCGCGACAACAUCAGUCUGAACACCAACACUAACUACUACAUCUCCAACACCUGCGGGGUCUGCUCUCUGCUCAUACUGAGGGUCGGGCCCAAAGACACCGGAGAGUACAAGGUGGUCGCGGAGAAUCCCAUCGGGAGAGCCGAGUGCGCCACCAAGCUGACAGUGAAGGAGUGA